AUGGAGCCCGCGAACGAAGAUCCUCUCAUCAAGGUGAACAACACCAUUCAGAUUAAUUCAGAGCCUGGCAAGAUUAAUGACUUCAUCAAGUUUGACCCUGGUAACCUGUGUAUGGUAACUGGAGGUGCUGACCUGGGAAGAAUUGCCAGGAAAUAUCCUGACUCUUUCAGGAUUCGUGAUUCCCAGCAGAUGGUGUGGGUCCUGAAUGGACUUUCUUUAACAGCGGCUCCACUUACCAACAGUGUCAAGCCUGUCGCUCUGGAUAUCAUAGACUGUACAGAUGAAGAAUUUCGUGAUGAAAAAAAAGGUAACCUAGUUUACCUGGCAAUCAAGGACAAAAAUAUCUGUCUCUUCUGCGCAGAUGUUCAGGGCAAGCCUACUUUGCAACUUAAGGAGAAAAAUAUCAUGGAUCUCUACCGACAGAACAAAGCGGAGAAGCCCUUUCUCUUUUUCCGCAAUAAAGAAGGCUCCACCUCUGUCUUUCAGUCAGUCGCCUACCCUGGCUGGUUCAUAGCCACCUCCUCCACGCCAAAAGAGCCUGUCAUUCUCACCCAGGAGAGGGGCACAAAUAAAAAGACUAACUUCUAUUUAGACUCUGACAAUUAA